AUGAUGCGUAGACGACAUAAGAAGUCCCGCCGGGGAUGUCUCGAGUGCAAGAGACGCCAUAUCAAGUGCGACGAGACUCGCCCACGAUGCAUAAACUGUGCUACUGUCGAGAGGGAUUGCUCGUUUCCCCCGACCAGCGAGGGCGGGGAGUCAGUGGUCUCGCCGAGUACCAGGACAUCGCCUUCGGGAUCCAUCAACGGACUUCAUCUUGAUGCCGUCUUCACGGAGCUACCGCGCUUCUCGCCGCUGGCGGAACUCCACCCCCGGGUCGACAUGGUCCACAUGGAGCUCCUUCACCAUUAUCUGACCGAGGAGGGCACCAUUUUCCCACCCAUGGUCGGUAUGCCAUUGGCCAUCACCAUGCGGCACGCCCUGCGCGAGCCUUAUUUGAUGUACCAGGUCCUUGCUCUGUCCGCACAUCAUCUCAGCAUCCUCAGGCCACUGCAAGAGCAGUUCUAUCGCAAUACGGCGAUCCAGCUGCAGACGCACGCCGUAACGCUUUUCAACAAUAUCGACCUCGGCUAUUUCGACAGCUCCUUCACCAACCGCAUCCCAGUCUUUAUCUUCUCCUCGGUGCUGGGGUUUCAUACACUCUGCGACACCCUGUCUCACCGGGACGACUAUUUCCCCACCUCUCUCGCGCGGUUCAUGAGAUGUCUGCAUCUCCACCGCGGCGUCCACAACAGCACGGCUGGGCACUGGGAGGAUAUCCAAGGGUCCGAGCUCAAGCCCGUCAUCGACGCCGGGCUUGAAUGGUACAACGUGCGCGGCGUGGGUCCAGAAUGCGGGGAUAUCCAGCAGAGAAUCCUGUCCUCAGGCCUGAAUCCACAGGAGCUCGAGGCGACGCAAAAGGCCCUCGACCUGCUACAAGCCGUCUUUGACGGCAGACCAGCCGUCUUUGAUGAGAGGCCCAGCUCUGUGACCCAUAUCCAUGCGCUGUUCAACUGGACGACGAUGCUCGUGCCGCCCUUUGUGUCAAUGCUAGAUGCGGGCCGGCCAGAGGCGCUUGCCGUCCUGGGCUAUUACUUCCUGGCUCUCCAUCACUGCCGUGACGCAUGGAUGGUCGGCGACUCAGGCCAGUUCCUCCUCCGAUCCGUUGCCGACUACCUCGGCCCCGACUGGUCGGCGUGGAUGGAGCCACCGCUGCAGAUGCUGAACGAGUUAUCUGCGGAAUCAGCGACGACGCCGAUUUUCUUGGAGGGUCUAGAAAUGGCUAGGAAGAUGGAUCUCUCUCACCCGGUGCAGGCGGAUGCGGCACGUAUCGCUGAAAUACACCUGGCCGCAAUGGACUCGAACCCGCUUCUUCACGCGCAAUUCCCUAGCCCCGGCAGCCUCGAAGGCCUUGGCAGCUUUUUGGCGUCGCACACAGCCAGCCAGCUGUCUUCAUGCGCGCCUGCCGAGGAGCUAGCGGCAAAACAGACGGCUGCUGUACCCGAAAUCGGGAUCCUUGUUGCGCGAGACCCCGACUCAGGCUCCAUCACCGGCUUCGCCAAGUUUGCGUCCCCGAGACAUCCAGAGAAGGAUGGCAAGAUCGAGGAGAUGGAAGGCUUGUAUAAGCGCGCCGCCGGUUGCCGUCGCGACCUGCUUGAAGGCUAUGCGUCCAUCGCAGAGGAUGCCAUGAACAGACUGUUUGGAGACCGGCCAUGUUAUCAGUUAUCCUUUGUCUGCAUAGACCCGGUUUACCAAGGACGAGGAGCUGGUUCGCUGCUCACGCGAAGCGUUCUCGACAUGGCCGCAGCCGACGGACUGCCCGUGUACAUUGAAAGCACGCCGGUGGCAGUGCCCAUGUACAAGAAGCUCGGGUUCAACGCCCUUGGCUCCUUCGAGAUCGAGAUCCCCCAAAGGGGUGGCCUGACGGGUGGCACGUCGGGGGUCUAUAAGGAGACAUGUAUGGUGUGGUACCCCUAG